AUGGAUAAUAAUGGAGAUCUUUAUGUCUCUGAUAGAAAGAAGAAUGAAGUAAGACGAUGGAAAAUAGGAGAUAAAAAUAGAACAAUAGUAGCAGGUGGAAAUGGAAAUGGAAAUAAUCUCAAUCAAUUCGAUGGUCCUUCCUGUAUCUUUAUCGAUCAAGAUUAUUCAGUUUAUGUGUCGGAUUUCUUCAAUAAUCGUGUAAUGAAAUGGAUGAAAGGUGCAAAAGAAGGUGUUGUAGUUGCUGGUGGACAAGGUCCUGGUAAUGGUCCUAAACAAUUAUCUUCACCUCAUGGACUGGUUGUCGAUCAAUUUGAUAAUAUCUAUGUAGCUGACGGUGAGAAUAAUCGAAUAAUGCGUUGGACUAGAGGAUCUAAACAAGGUUGUAUUGUUGUUGGUGGAAACGGAGAAGGAAAUCAAGCAAAUCAGUUCGAUUAUAUCCAAGGUUUAUCAUUCGACCAGCAAAGUAACCUCUAUGUCGUCAAUUGGGAUAAUUCUCGAAUACAAGGAUUUCAUGUUGAUUCAGAUUGA